AUGGCGAACUUAACCUUAACAGGCAUACUUGAAAAGAUGACGGGGAAAGACAAGGAUUAUAGAUACAUGGCAACUUCUGAUUUGCUUAAUGAAUUAAACAAAGAGGGAUUCAAACUCGAUGUUGACCUCGAAGUAAAGUUGUCUAAUGUUGUUAUCCAGCAACUUGAUGAUGCUGCAGGCGAUGUUUCUGGAUUAGCUGUAAAGUGUCUUGCUCCAUUGGUGAAGAAAAUUCAUGAGCAGCAGAUUCUUGAGAUGGCUAAUAAGCUUUGUGAUAAAUUACUGAAUGGGAAAGAACAACAUCGUGACAUUUCAAGUAUUGCUUUGAAGACGAUUGUUUCUGAAGUUCCUACCUCAUCCAUCGCACAAUCCAUACUUGUAUCCAUAUCUCCAAAGUUGAUAAGAGGAAUAACUUCCCAGGGAAUGUCCACUGAAAUUAAGUGUGAAUGCCUUGAUAUAUUGUGUGAUGUUCUUCAUAAAUAUGGAAAUUUAAUGGCAUCAGAUCACGAGGUAUUAUUAGGUGCAUUGUUGCCCCAGCUGAGUUCCAAUCAUGCCAGUGUCAGGAAGAAGGCCGUUUCAUGUGUAGCGUCUCUUGCUUCAAGCUUGUCAGAUGAUUUGCUGGCAAAAGCUACAAUUGAAGUUGUUCGGCUUUUGAGAAAUAAGGCCAUAAAACCAGAAAUUACACGCACAAACAUUCAGAUGAUUGGGGCUCUGAGUCGUGCUGUUGGCUAUCGUUUCGGUGCCCAUCUUGGAGAUACUGUUCCAAUAUUAAUUAGCUACUGUACAAAUGCAUCGGAGAAUGAUGAAGAGCUUCGUGAAUAUAGUUUACAGGCUCUAGAGAGCUUUCUGCUGCGGUGUUCCAGGGAUAUUUCUUCCUAUUGUAACGACAUCUUACAUCUUACUUUGGAAUAUCUUAGCUAUGAUCCUAAUUUUACUGAUAACAUGGAGGAAGACACAGAUGAUGAGAGUUAUGUGGUGGAGGAGGAUGACGAGAGCGCUAAUGAAUAUACUGAUGACGAAGACGCGAGCUGGAAGGUCCGCAGAGCUUCUGCCAAAUGCUUAGCAGCCUUGAUUGUUUCCCGCCCGGAGUUGCUAUCGAGGCUAUACGAAGAGGCUUGCCCGAAGUUGAUUGAUAGGUUUAAAGAAAGGGAAGAAAAUGUCAAGAUGGAUGUGUUUAAUACCUUCAUUGAGUUACUGCGACAAACAGGAAAUGUGACUAAAGGACAGACAGAUUUUGAUGAAUCAAGGCAAGAAUAUGAAAUGGAUUUUUCUUGUCUUCAUAUUUUUGCUAAUACUGAUGAUGAAAUUCAUACUUUACACGAUUCAAAAUACUUUACUCUUCGUUGUCCCAGAUAUAUGUUGAAGCAAGAUGUCUCGAAAAUCGUUCGAUCUGUAAACAAACAACUACGUGAGAAAUCUGUCAAAACGAAGGUUGGUGCCUUCUCGGUCUUGAAAGAACUGGUAGUUGUGCUGCCUGAUUGCCUUGCAGACCAUAUUGGAUCUCUUACUCCUGGAAUCGAGAAAGCAUUAUGUGACAAAUCAUCUACCUCAAAUUUGAAGAUUGAAGCUCUUGUUUUCACAAGAUUAGUGUUGGCCUCACAUGCCCCUUCUGUUUUCCAUCCCUACAUUAAGGCCAUUUCUGCUCCCGUUAUAUCUGCUGUUGGUGAACGCUAUUACAAAGUUACAGCAGAGGCAUUAAGAGUAUGUGGAGAACUAGUACGCGUUCUGCGACCAAAUAUUGAGGGUUAUGGUUUUGAUUUCAAAUCAUUUGUCCAACCAAUAUAUAAUGCCAUCAUGGCACGCUUGACAAAUCAAGAUCAAGAUCAGGAGGUUAAAGAAUGUGCCAUUUCUUGCAUGGGGCUUGUUGUUUCUUCAUUUGGCGAUCAACUUGGUGGGGAUUUACCUGCAUGCCUUCCAGUGUUAGUAGAUAGAAUGGGAAAUGAGAUAACUCGACUUACAGCCGUGAAGGCUUUUGCUGUCAUUGCUGCAUCUCCAUUGCACCUGGAUCUAUCAUGCGUUUUAGAGCAUGUAAUUUCUGAGUUGACUGCAUUCCUAAGGAAGGCUAAUCGAGCAUUAAGACAGGCGACGCUGGGAACUCUAAAUACUUUGAUAGUUGCUUAUGGUGAUAGAAUUGGUUCUUCUGCUUAUGAAGUGAUCGUUGUGGAACUUUCAACUCUAAUAAGUGACUCAGACUUGCACAUGACUGCUCUGGCAUUGGAACUGUGCUGUACCUUGAUGGCCGAUAGUAGAUCAGGUCCAAAUGUUGGUUUGACUGUCAGAAACAAAGUUCUUCCACAGGCAUUGACUCUAGUGAGAAGCUCAUUGCUACAGGGGCAAGCACUUUUGGCACUACAGAACUUCUUCCGUGCCUUGGUUUACUCAGCAAAUACUAGCUUUGAUGUGCUGCUAGACUCCCUUCUUUCAACUGCAAAAUCAUCUGCUCAGUCUGGCGGUAUUGCAAAACAGGCUUUAUUUUCCAUUGCUCAAUGUGUGGCAGUUCUCUGCCUUGCUGCAGGUGAUAAAAAAUGUUCAACCACUGUAAAUAUGCUCACAGAUAUCCUGAAAGCAGACAGCACUACCAAUUCGGCCAAGCAACAUCUUGCCUUGCUGUGUUUGGGGGAGAUUGGGAGGAGAAAAGAUUUAAGUUCGCAUACCCAUAUAGAGAAUAUCGUUAUCGAAUCUUUCCAAUCACCUUUUGAGGAGAUCAAAUCUGCCGCUUCUUAUGCUUUAGGAAAUAUUGCUGUUGGAAAUCUACCAAAAUAUUUACCCUUUAUAUUGGACAAAAUUGAUAAUCAGCAGAAGAAGCAAUAUUUAUUGCUUCAUUCCCUGAAGGAGGUCAUAGUGAGACAAUCCGUGGAUAAAGCUGAAUUUGAUGAUUCCAGUGUUGAGAAGAUCACUAAUUUGCUCUUUAACCACUGUGAAAGCGAGGAAGAGGGAGUUCGCAAUGUAGUUGCCGAAUGUCUAGGAAAAAUUGCCCUAAUUGAACCAGGAAAACUCGUUCCAGCACUAAAGGAGAGAACAACCAGUGCAGCUGCAUUCACCCGAGCAACAGUUGUAAUUGCGGUUAAAUAUUCUAUAGUUGAGCGGCAGGAGAAGAUAGAUGAGAUUUUGUACCCUGAAAUCUCAUCUUUCUUGAUGCUUAUCAAGGAUCAUAAUCAGCAUGUAAGGCGUGCAGCUGUAUUGGCCUUGAGUACCGCAGCCCAUAAUAAGCCAACCCUAAUAAAGGCCCUGCUUCCAGAGCUUUUGCCACUUCUAUACGACCAGACAGUAAUUAAGAAAGAAUUGAUAAGGACAGUUGAUCUAGGUCCUUUCAAACACACAGUAGAUGAUGGGCUUGAAUUAAGGAAGGCUGCUUUUGAAUGUGUGGAUACUUUGUUGGAUAGUUGUCUUGAUCAAGUGAAUCCGUCAUCUUUUAUUGUUCCAUACCUUUUAUCUGGUUUAGAUGAUCAUUAUGAUGUGAAAAUGCCUUGCCAUCUUAUCCUUUCAAAGCUGGCUGAUAAGUGUCCUUCGGCUGUAUUAGCAGUGUUGGAUUCUUUGGUGGAUCCUCUCCAGAAAACUAUCAACUUUAGGACUAAACAAGACGCGGUCAAGCAAGAAGUAGAUCGUAAUGAAGAUAUGAUCAGGAGUGCCCUCAGGACAAUUGCAUCGUUGAAUCGCAUAAGUGGAGGAGACUGCAGCCACAAAUUUAAGAACUUGAUGGUUGAAAUUUCCAAGUCCCAAUCGAUGUGGGAGAAAUACUCUUCCAUUCGGAAUGAGUGA